AUGUCCAACCCAAGUGCCGUCGUCAGGACGGCUCCCAUCGCCAUUGCUCCAAAGCCUCCCCGCCGCCAGAACUCUUAUCUCCAGGACAGCUUCACGAACCUCGAUAUCCUCCGCGGCAGCAUGCCUGGUCGGGAAAUCACCGAGUCUGUCGGCUCAUACACAACGCGUUCUCUCAGCCCGUGCGAAUCGUGUCAACGUUCUAGGGUCAGGUGUAUUGUCAGCGAAGACGACGACAGCUGCAUACCCUGCCAAGCUAGCGGCUCAGACUGCUCCCUGCUCAACAGCCCUCAGCCGAGGAAACGAAAGCUGAACGGCGACUUUGACGACCCCAUUGGUAAAAGAAGCUCGCCCAUCAGGACCGAUAUCAGAAGGCGAAGGCAACACCAGCCCAGCCUCUCCAGUACCACCGGCAGCAGCUCCUUCAUUGAAGACAUGGCGAACGUCGGAGGCCCAACUCUGCUCAAGCGGACGCUGGGUCUCCAAAACGACCGGUACAGCCAGUACAUCGGUCCGACCACCGACUUUGAGCCUUCUCUCAUCAACCUCUCACCAUUUGAUCCCCAUGACGAGAGUCUUCUGGCCCGCGGCACCCUCCGCAAGGUCAGCGACGAUGACACCUUUCUACUAUUACCUGACUUCAACACCCCGGGCCACGAGCACGUCUUGGAGGAUGUCGAGGCUAUAGAGGGUCUCGUCCGGCCCCAUGGUCGCAAGCUUGUCGACCUCUACUUCCGCAUCGUUCAUCCCGCAUUUCCGAUCAUCCAAAAAACCGUCUUCCUGGAAAAGUACGAGCGCAGCUAUCGCGAAUUUUCUCCUUGUUUAUUGGCAGCCGUCUACCUGUUUGCGAUCAACUGGUGGGAGCACGAUGAGGACCUGGCCCGACUACCGAAACCAAACAUUUCCGACAUGGAGCGGCUGAUCCGGACGACCCUCGCAGACGCCAUGUACAGGCCGAAACUGUCCACCAUCCAGGCUGGCCUUCUGCUGUCCCAGCGACCCGAGGGCGACCAGUGGGCUCCGACAGCCCAGCUGGUCGCGAUCGCACAGGAACUUGGCCUGCACCUCGACUGUACGAACUGGAAGAUACCUCCUUGGGAGAAGGGGCUGCGGAAGCGCCUCGCAUGGGCUUUGUAUAUGCAGGAUAAAUGGGGAUCUCUCGUUCACGGCCGUCCAUCGCACAUCUUCUCCUCAAACUGGGGCGUGCAACCGCUGACACAACAUGAUUUCCCCGACGUCGAGUGGGACGAGAACGAUGUGGAGGAGAAAUUGGAAAUCGAGCGUGGCCGAACUCUGUUCGGUCAAAUGGUUCAGCUGUCGCAAGUCCUUGCCGAGAUUCUCGAUACCUUCUUCACAUUACAAGCCCAGCAGACCAUCACGAAUGCAGGCGGACAAGGCACCCACCUGAUUUUGUCCAUGGCCAAGCCGAUACAGCUGAAGCUUAAAGAAUGGUACGCCAGCUUGCCCGCGACAAUCCGUAUGGACAACUCGUACACCACCAACACAGUCCCAUCGAAUCGUCUGUCGAGUAUCGGCUACCUCCAUCUCGCCUACUUCGCCACCGAAAUCACCCUCCAUCGUCGCAUUAUUCGGUCACUGGAGGCCACCGGCGCGGCCGUCGACCAGUACGUACAGCAUAUAUGCCGCAGCGCAGCCAAGGCUCGUCUCAUUUCUGCCAUGGACUUUGUCAACCGCCUGAACUCAUCUCACUUGCGCUCGUUCUGGUACUUUGCUUCCAAGACCAACUUUGCCCUCAUUGGCACUUUUGGCUCCCUCCUUUGGGCAACAUCCCCAGGGAGGGAAGAGGCUGAUUGGUACCGCCGACGCUUGGGAGAAUACCGUUGGACGCUCUCCGUCAGCUCCAAGCCUGGUGAAGGCAGAGGACUAACCAACUUCGCCAUGACGAUGCUCGAUAUUUCGACCGGUCUGCUUAAGAAGCUCCCCGAGAAGCCAUCGAUGAGCCGCAGUGGGAGCGUCGUCGACAUGGGGCCUGGAGGCAUCAGCAGUAGCUUUGGGAGCAAUGGGAUCCUAGCACUCGGUCAGAGUGCGCCUCCUACCAUGACUUUCGGAAACUUCAGCGGGUUGCCGAGUGCCGACGUCAGCAACGCCCAGAGCCCUCGUAGUCCCAGCGCGGACAGCAGCGACGACGAGAUGUACGAGACCUUUGCCCCGACGGCAGGCAUGGCCAACAUGGCCGAUUGA